GCGUGAGGUAUACCAGCUAUGUUCUGUUGUAGGGUGCUCGUUCUCCUACACCAGGAUUUGGCUUGUUUUUCUAUCCUUUGUUUUUUCAUCUCGACCAAAGGUUUAUGCAUUCUGUUUUAGUCAUUGGAAGCGGGUUCCUUGGAAGCCACAUCAUUCGGCAAUUGUGCAAGCGUGAACAAACUCGGAUUGCUGCGUUUGAUCUAUUUGAAAAUGAAAAGCUGCUUCAAGAAGUGAACCAUCAGUUCACCAUGUACACAGGGGACUUGACGAAAAAUGAAGAUUUGGAUCGUGUCUUUUCUGCUUUCCAUCCCCAAACUGUCAUCCAUACUGCUUCCCCGGUGCACAACUUGGCACGUGAUAUUUACUUCCAAAUCAACGUAAGCGGUACAGAAAACAUUAUUCGUGCUUGCAAGAAACAUAGCGUGGAUGCUCUUGUGUACACUAGUUCUGCGGGGGUCGUCUUCAAUGGCGCUGACUUGAUCAAUGUCAACGAAGAAUGCCCUUAUCCGAAAGUGCACAUGGACGGUUACAAUGAAUCAAAAGCACUUGCUGAGACGAUUGUUCUCGAGAAUAACUCGUCCUCUCUCCGAACCUGCGCUUUGCGUGUUGCCGGUUUGUUUGGUCCUGGCGACCGUCAGGUCGUUCCUGGCAUGCUCUCCGUUUUGAGAAAUGGUCAAACAAAGUUUCAGCUUGGUGAGAAUUUGAAUCUUUUUGACUUUACCUACAUUGAAAACGCUGCUCAUGCUCACUUGUUGGCUAUGGAUAAUCUUCUUUCCAACGAUCCUACCGCUGCCGGCCAAGUGUUCUUUAUUACCAAUGGACAAGUUAUCUACUUUUGGGAUUUCGCUCGUGCUAUCUGGGCACAUGCUGGUCAUGUCCCUCCGUUUAUUAUCAAGUUCCCCCGUACUCUAGGUAUGGCCAUGGCCACCGCUGCUGAAUGGAUUUGCUACUUUCUUAGAAAAGAGCCAGGAUUCACUCGUUUUCGUGUUCAGUUUAGUUGCGCAAAUCGUUAUUUUGAUAUUACAAAAGCUCAUCAAAUUUUAAACUACCGCCCUAUUUACGAUUUAGAGGAAGGAAUCAAGCGCACUCUUCAAUGGAUGGAUUCUGAAAAAAAUCUUUAAUAUCUCUUUUGCAUGUUCGUUUUCCCGUCGUAAAACACUUUUCUUCUCUGCAAUUCUAAACCGAGGGUUUCAACCUUUGCCAACGCAACUUUCUCGUCUCAUGACUGUUUUUUCAUGCCACCGUGUGCUGCUAUAAUAAAAAGCAUAUGAUUCUUAAUCAUUGCAUUGUGUUGUCUGUCGAUUGCUUGUAGAAUUUCUCAAUAAUCAUAUGAUGCACCCUACAUUCGGGUUAGUUAUAUAUAGAACCAUAAAAAGGAACGUUGAUAGCUUGCA